AUGUUGUGCUUUAUGAUUCUCAGAACUCAGGUCAUUUCACGUAGAUUCACCUCACUUAGAGAAUCACUGUGCUAUUUCUCUUCAUCAAUACAAUUACAAUCUGAUUUGGUUCCACUUCCAUCACAAUCUAUAGUCCAAAGGGUGUGUUCAUUGGUGCGUGAAACAUACAAUGAACACACCCAUAUAAGAGUUUCACCUCCAAGUCUCAAUCUUGGGGUUGAUGCUGAUUCUUUGACUCACGAACAAGCUGUUACCAUUGUUGCUUCACUUGCAGGUGAUUGUGGUUCAAUGGUGGCUCUUGGGUUCUUUUAUUGGGCAAUUGGGUAUCCCAAGUUUCGAUAUUUUAUGAGACUGUAUGUAGUGUGUGCGAGUUCGUUGAUUGGGAAUAGGAAUUUGGAGAAAGGGAAUCAAGUUAUGAGGUGUAUGGUGGAGAGUUUUGCUGAGAUUGGGAGAUUGAAGGAGGCGGUGGAAAUGGUCAUUGAAAUGCAUGACCAGGGUUUGGUUCCGAAUACUCGGACAUUGAAUUGGAUUAUGAAGGUAACAAGUGAGUUUGGUUUGGUUGAAUAUGCGGAGUUGUUGUUUGAGGAAAUGUGUGUGAGAGGGGUACAACCGGAUUCUGUUAGCUAUAGGGUGAUGGUUGUUAUGUAUUGUAAGAUUGGUGAUGUUUUGGAGGCGGAUAGGUGGUUGAGUGCGAUGCUCGAGAGGGGUUUUGUGGUUGAUAAUGCAACCUUUACGUUAAUUAUCAGCAGAUUUUGUGAAAAGGGUUAUGGAACGAGAGCGUUGUGGUAUUUUCGUAGGUUAGUUGAUAUGGGUUUGGAGGCUAAUUUGAUUAAUUUCACGUGUAUGAUUGAAGGUUUGUGCAAAAGGGGUAGCAUCAAGCAAGCAUUUGAAAUGUUGGAGGAGAUGGUUGCUAAAGGUUGGAAACCUAAUGUAUAUACUCAUACGUCAUUGAUCCACGGUCUUUGCAAGAAAGGGUGGACCGAGAAAGCGUUUAGAUUGUUUCUUAAGCUUGUUCGAAGCGAAAAUCACAAGCCAAAUGUGCUUACAUAUACUGCCAUGAUAAGUGGGUAUUGUAGAGAUGUCAAACUAAACCGGGCAGAGAUGCUACUGAGCCGAAUGAAAGAGCAGGGAUUAGUCCCGAACACCAACACUUAUACAGCUCUCAUUGACGGACAUUGUAAAGCCGGAAAUUUUGAAAGAGCGUAUGAUUUGAUGAAUCUAAUGAGUAGUGAAGGUUUUAGUCCUAAUGUGUGUACAUAUAAUGCCAUUGCUGAUGGUCUUUGUAAAAGGGGAAGGGUACAAGAGGCUUACAAAAUGCUUGAGGAUGGCUUUCAUAAUGGGUUGAAACCGGAUAAAGUCACCUAUAAUAUUCUCAUGUCCGAGCAUUGCAAACAGGCAAAUAUCAAGCAAGCGUUGGUGUUAUUCAAUAAGAUGGUAAAAAGCGGUAUUCAACCUGAUAUUCAUUCAUACACCACAUUGAUCGCAGUCUUUUGUAGGGAAAAUAGAAUGAAAGAAAGUGAGACGUGUUUUGAGGAAGCUGUGAGAAUCGGAGUUAUUCCUACAAACAAAACGUAUACAUCUAUGAUAUGUGGUUAUUGCAGAGAAGGAAAUUUGACCUUGGCAAUGAAGUUUUUCCGUAGGAUGAGUGACCAUGGUUGUGUUCCGGAUUCUAUUACGUACGGUGCUAUUAUAAGCGGGCUUUGCAAACAGUCAAAGCUCGACGAGGCUCGAGGAUUGUAUGACUCUAUGAUAGAAAAGGGACUUACCCCAUGUGAAGUUACUAGGGUAACUUUGGCUUAUGAAUAUUGUAAGGAAGAUGAUUGUUUAUCUGCAAUGGUUAUUCUAGAAAGGCUGGAAAAGAAACACUGGAUUCGGACAGCUAAUACCUUGGUCAGAAAACUAUGUUGUGAGAAAAAAGUAGGCAUGGCUGCACUGUUCUUUAAUAAGUUACUAGACAUGGAUGUUCAUGUUAAUCGCGUAUCGUUAGCCGCAUUUAUGACUGCGUGCUAUGAAAGCAAUAAUUAUGCUCUUGUUUCGGAUUUGUCUGCAAGGAUACACAAGGAAAAUCGUCUGGAAAUCAAAGCUACAAAAUAA